AUAAACACAAAGCACCACAAACACGUGCAUUUUCCUGCACUCUACACUCGUUCCUCCUGCAGCAUUCGAAAUGGGUGGCGUAAAGAACAGAAAUAAAGUGAAACUACCAGUACCCAAAGCGAAACAGAAGAAAGCUGUCGACAAAUGGCAGAAGGACAAAGGCAAGGGUGCUGUCGGCCCAAAGAAACAGGGAAAGCUAAUGCCGACUGUUGCCGACCCGGACAGCAAAGCGCCAUCCCGCAGGCCAAUCGUGUUCGUGUCCCCGAAGCCCGCCGAUGAACCAUCGUCCGAUGAAGGGGACGUAUCGGAGGAAGAACAGGACGAACCAGAGGAGUCGGUCCCAUCGAAACUGCCCGUCCUGGAGCCCGUUCCGACCGACGUGCCCGAUCCGCAGCUGGAGCCAAACAAAAUAAAACUACUCAAACCGCUGAUCGGGUACUUCUACAACGGGGAUCAGAUGUCGCUGAAGCUAAGCUUCGAACAGGCCGGGCUGCUGCUCAAGCCGGACUACGACGAGAAGACGCGCGUGUUUCGGUUCCGGGUCGAUAUGAGGGAAAUCUGCCGCGCGGAGGGUGAAAAGAACGAGGCACAUACGAUAGCGCGCGAAAAGCUGGUACAGAUUGUCCGGUACUACUGUUACUGUGUGAAGCGAGUGAAGGAGUAUCACACACGGAGGAAAAUUUUCUACACCCGACCACCGAAGAUGGCAGUGCAGGCGCAGAAAGAUCAGAAAAAGAUCCCGGAACAGAACGUCGGGUUUCAGAUGCUGCAGAAGCAGGGCUGGAAUCCGGGCUCGGCGCUCGGCAUGUCGAUGGAAGGUAUCCUCGAGCCGAUCGUGGCGAAGAAACGCAAGGAAAAGAGUGGUCUCGGCGUGGAGGAUGCCGUCGCGCCGGAUGGGACGGAGGAGAAGGUGAAGAUUCCGAUCGAAGCGUUCUACCUGCUGCUGAAACAGUAUGCCGGCGUCAAUGCACUGUACGAUAUAGUGUUUAGCUCGCAGUUUUCCAAGCACCAGGUGGCCAAGUUGAAAAGCUUCGCCAUGUCGCUGAAACUGCUUCCACAGAUGAUUGGAACGAAUAAGAAGAAGCUUGUGGUAAGCCGACCGCUAACGAUCAAGGAGAUCAAGGAGGGCGUCAUGAAGGGACAUUCGGAUCUGUGCGCCAAGUACGUGGUGAUACCACCGGCCGCUGGUAUCCCGGAAGAGGACAAGAUGUUGGCUUAAUUCGGGUGGCAAAUGUCGCGAGUUUAGGUUGAGCAAGUGAGAGAAAAAGUAAUUGCAUUCUUCGUUGAAAAAUAGAAGUUGUUCCAUGGAACAAACAAA